AUGGCCAGAGGUGGUCCGCGAAAAAAAAUAUAUACCGACCUCGCUACCGUCCUCAUCCUCCUUUCAACAUUUGCCGGUGCAGUGACUCUCCAGACGCAAUUCGCGCUACCGGAUAAUUGCAAUGGAAGUCGCGCACGAACUCUGGUCGCCUUCUCGUCGCAAUUCUUCCUGACCAGUCCGAUCGCUGUUUUUGCCAUUUUCAUGAGCUUGCACGGAUACAACGAGAAUGACCUUAUUGAAGCGGGACGUCAUGAAUUUAUUCAGUGUCAAUUUGCCUUGACUGGGAUUAUGAUCAUUGCUGGCUUUUUACUUCUUAAUGUUGCGACGAUCUUCACCGGGGGAAAUUAUCUCGGUCCAUCGGGGACGGCAUUGAUGGGGCUUUUUAUACUGGCCACGAUUGCGUGGGGAGUUGAGGAUCAUUUGCCUGAUAGCCAGCGGAUGAAGAGGCAAUCUACGAUAGAGCAACCGAGUUCUACAUCUCUCGUUGAAUCACAGCCUGCAUACCAGCCGGAGUCGACCUUUGCGGAAUUCCUAGGGUUACACGGGAAUCAGACUUUGUCUACGCCACGACUGAUAUCUCGAUGGUCUAUCUGUGUUCUUGUGGUCCUUGAAGCUGUGGCUAUUCUUGUAUUGUUUGGACUGGGAAUUGCCCAGGCUGUACCUACAUCUGCCACCGGAUGCGAUUUGAUAUAG